GCGGUGGUGCCGCCGCAGGCGGGGGCCCCUCUGCCGCACCGCACCGCACCGCACCGCGCCCGCCGCGCUGCCGCACCGCCCGCCACCGCCCGGGGCUCCGCCGUGCCGCUCCCCGCAGCCCUCGCAGCCCCGCCGGGCCCCGGGCAGCCCCGCCGCAGCCAUGCCCGCCGCCGUUCCGCCGCCUCUCCAACUUGGCGGCUGAGCCGAGGAUUCCUCCUACCCUGCCAGCAGCAUGGAGAGUGUGCGCGAGCUCCAGGACCCGCUGUUGGCCAAGGCUAACGGGCACCUCCACAGCAGCUAUUCUUACCACCAGCACCACAACCAAGACUACCCCGGCCACCACUGCCAAGGGAAACUGUACUCCUACAUCUUCCAAAACACUGGCGGAGCCAGGACUCACCAGCUGCUGGAUGCCAGCUCCCUGCAGCUGGCUGUGGAAGCCUUGUACGGCCCCAAUUUCAUCCUCGUGAAAGAUGAGACUGCUCUCAAGGCAAAGGACAGCAAGACAGAGAGCUGUGAGACCACUUUUACGGAAGGUAAAGAGGUUCUGUCUGACAGCCCUGAUGGGCACGAGGCACAAGGGUCCUGCCUGGUAGAGAGUGACAUCCGCAUCCAAACCGUGUCCUACGAGGUGGAGGAGGAGGAGCUCCAGGAGUACGAGAGCGACUCCUCUAGUGACAGCGAAAGCGAGGACCAAUUCCUGAUGCUCCCCCCCCGGGACCACCUGGGCCUGGCCCUGUUCUCCAUGCUGUGCUGCUUCUGGCCCCUGGGGAUUGCUGCCUUCUACUUCUCCCAAGGGACCAGCAAGGCUGUCUCCAAAGGAGAUUUCCACCUGGCCAGUUCAGCUUCCCGCCGAGCUCUCUUCCUUGCCGCGCUCUCCAUAACCAUCGGUACAGGCGUGUACGUCGGGGUGGUGGUGGCACUCAUCGCAUAUCUCUCCAAGGGGGGCCACGUGUAACUGCUGCCUGCACACCAGCGCGGUCCCCAGCCACCCGUCAAGCCUUCCUGUGGAGCACAGGGUGCCAGUCUUGCAAGGGCUGCUGGCAUAGCAGGACCCAAGCUUGGAUGCCCCGUGCCAGCCCUUUCCAUUUUCAGACGCACAGUGGAUUCUUGGAGAUACUCAAAAGCCACCUGGAUGUGGCUAUGUGCAAGCAGCUCUUAGGAGGCCCUGCUUGAGCAGGGCUUGGACCAGUUACCCCCCAGAAGUCCCUUUCCAUCCUCAACUAACCUGCGUCCUCCCUGGCACUGCGGUGUGACACCAUCUGACAGCAGGGAACUGUGUAGUGACCUGACUGCUGGGACCAGGAGGAGCACAGUGGAAGAUGUGUAAAAGCAAUGCUGUGUGCUGCUGCUGGCUGCUGCCACCACUCUGCUCCAGGGCCACCACUUCCUCUCCCAGCUCUGCAGUGGGGACAGCCACCACCGAUGCCCAGGCUUUGCCUAUGAAAGGGACAGGCAGAGAGGAAUGACUGCUCUUUCUUUUGGGUAUCUGAGGCCCUGGUGUGGUUUCAGGACUCCUACGAUGGGGACAACAAUCUGUCGGUGCCAUGAGUGGCACCUGGCCCCUCAGCUGCAGCAAAGGAGGAGCGUGCAGCAUGAACGUGAUGAAAAGGCAUGCUCUGGGGUACUCUCUGCAUCCCUUCCAGAUGGACCUACAGUAGCUAGCCUGCUCCAGAUGAGAACCAAGAAGAAAUGCGGGCUGGUGCUUGCAGACAGUCACCAAAGGUAGUAGCAAAACCCACAAGGUUUUCCAGUGUUCACGAUGAUUGUCCCAAUAACUGUAGUUCAGAGCUCCAGAAGGGCUGGCAUCCCAUGGUGAUCUGGAUAUAUUUGCAGUGGGAAUUGCUACCCACAACAUGACUGCAGGGCAUGGGGGGAAGAUCUCGACUCUCAACACUGAGUUGGGGGUUUGCGCACUAGGAGUGGGGAGCAUAAGACUGGCAUGGCAUGCAGAGCUCAGGUGGGUGCUGGAAGCAAGGAUCCAGAGAGGAGGAGGCCUGGGGGGAGCACAAGAGAUGGGAAGACCCCAGUACACUUCUUCCCACAUCUUGGAGGGGGCAUCUCCAUCUGUCCGAAGGCCUCUGCUGACUAGGAAGUACUGUACAUCCAUGCCUACAACUGACUUCUGCCUAUCUGUAUGUUGUCAGUGACAAACCAAGUGCUUCAGGGGUGGACACAAAGGCAGCGACUGCCCCAAAGGGCUCGGUUCAAAGGCCUUUCCUCACCCCCCACCUCGUGCCCUCUCACCCCUCUGCCGCUGGCUCUGCAAGUGGUGCGGUGUGUUCCUCACAUGUACAUUUCAUCCUAAAGAAGCAUGUUAAUGUCUGCAAUUCCUGUCGUACUCGAGCCAUAAGGGAGAGAAGCACAUCAGAGACCUGUUCAGAAGCAGUUCUGAAAGUUCCCAUUAUGUUUUAUAACGUGGAAGAGCUAAUAAAAGAGCAGGCAAAACAACGCUGUUUGCGCUAAUGCGGGGCUGCAGAAGGAAGAGGUGAGCUCUGCAGGCUGCUGUGGGAGCGCUGAGAUGGCCAAGAGCUGGAGGUGUUCUGCAGCUCCCCACGGAGAUGAGCAUCCAGCUGGUGGCUGGGCAGCGUGGGGGGAGCCGUGCUGCAGCGUGCAUCACAGCCAGCAGCCUGUGCUGCGAUGGGAUGGGCUGUUAGCCACGAGAGGGGGGACAAGAACUGGGUAGAGAGAGGCUGGAGUAUUGCCGUUCAGGCUGCUCUGCCUGGAGGAAAAGCUUCAAAUAGAACGUGCUCGAGGAAGAUCCCCCUGCACACCUCUGGGUCCGGCUCCUGGUCCCUGCAGGAGCAUUGCCAACCCUUCCCAUGUCUCAUUCCUGCCCCUUCUUUAAUUGGAGGCACAGGGGAAAGGACUGGGCUGGAGGGCCGACAGAAUUAAAGUGUUUUCCACUAAUA